UCUCCCAUAAGUGGACUAUAAUUUCUUCUUUUAGGACAGCCACCUAUAGAUUAGUAAAGAUCUGUUCUUCGAUGAGCAUGACAACCACAGCUCAUGGCUCUCCACUACGAGGGAGUGACAGCCAUGGCCAGACUCCUGAUGGACAGUCUCAGCCUCCCUUCCAAGUGAACCAGACCUCAUCACCUGAUUCUUCUAAUGAGAAUUCCCCAGAAACUCCUCCAGAGCAAGGUCAGGGUGAUGCUCCAAAACAGAAUGAAGAUGAGGAACCUGCUUUUCCCCAUAUUGACCUUGCAAAUUUGGAUUAUAUGAUCAACAGGUCUCAGUGGAUGGUUCCUGUUUUGCCGAAAGGGGAAUUAGAAGUACUUUUAGAAGCUUCUAUUGAUCUUAGUAAAAAAGGUCUUGAUGUUAAAAGUGAAGCAUGCCAGCGUUUUUUUAGAGAUGGCCUAACAGUAUCUUUCACUAAAAUCCUUUUGGAUGAGGGAGUGAACAGAUGGAAGUUUGAGAUUCAUAGGCAUGUUAUUAAUAAUACUCAUCGCCUAGUGGAGCUUUGUGUGGCCAAAUUGUCCCAGGACUGGUUUCCACUUCUCGAACUGCUUGCCAUGGCCUUAAAUCCUCAGUGCAGAUUUCAUAUCUACAAUAGUACACGUCCAUGUGAAUUGAUUUCCUCAAGUAUUCAGUUACCAGAAGAUGAACUCUUUGCCUGUUCUCCAGAUCCUCAAUCACCAAAGGGUUGGCUGGUGGAUCUCAUUAAUAGAUUUGGCAUAUUAAAUGGCUUCCAGAUUUUUCAUGAUCGUUUUAUUAAUGGGUCAGGAUUAAACAUUCAAAUAAUUGCAGCUCUUAUUAAACCAUUUGGCCAAUGCUAUGAGUUUCUCACUCAACAUACAUUGAAAAAAUAUUUCAUUCCAGUGAUAGAAAUUGUUCCCCAGUUAUUAGAAAAGUUAAGUGAUGAAGAAUUUAAAAAAGAAGCAAAGAAUGAAGCCAAAAAUGAUGCCCUUUCAGAGAUUAUUACUUCUCUGAAGAAUUUAGCUUCAAGGAUUUCAGGACGAGAAGAAACUAAAAAAACUUUAGAAAUGUUUAGAUUACAAAUGAUACUCAGAUUAUUACAGAUUUCUUCCUUUAAUGGGAAGAUGAAUGCAUUGAAUGAAAUAAAUAAGGUAAUAUCUAGUAUAUCUUAUACUCACCAGCAUGGUAACUGUGAAGAAGAAGAGUGGCUGACAGCUGAACAAAUGACAGAAUGGAUACAGCAAAAGAGUAUAUUAUCUAUAGUCUUAAAAGAUAGUCUUCAUCAACCACAGUAUGUGGAAAAGCUAGAGAAGAUUCUUCAAUUUGUGAUUAAAGAAGAAGCUCUUACAUUACAGGAUCUUGAUAAUAUCUGGGCAGCACAGGCAGGGAAACAUGAAGCCAUUGUGAAAAAUGUACAUGGCCUACUAGCAAAGUUGGCGUGGAAUUUUUCUCCUGAGCAACUUGAUCAUCUCUUUGAUUGCUUUAAGGCAAGUUGGACAAAUGCAAAUAAAACGCAACGUGAAAAGCUACUUGAGCUGAUAAGUCGUCUUGCAGAAGACGAUAAGGAUGGUGUGAUGGCACAUAAAGUGUUGAACCUUCUUUGGAAUCUGGCCCGUAGUGAUGAUGUGCCUGUAGACAUAAUGGAUGCAGCUCUCAGUGCCCACACCAAAAUAUUAAAUUGCAGUUGUUCCCAGGAUCAAAAUACACAAAAGAUUCAGUGGAUAGACCAUUUUGUAGAAGAACUUCGAUCAAAUGACAAAUGGGUAAUUCCUGCCCUGAAACAAAUAAGAGAAAUUUGUAGUUUGUUUGGUGAAGCACCUCAAAAUGUAAGUCAAAUUCAGCGAAGUCCCCAUAUAUUUUAUCGCCAUGAUUUAAUCAGCCAACUUCAGCACAAUCAUGUCUUAGUUACUUUGGUAGCAGAAAACCUUGCAACUUACAUGGAUAGCAUGAGAUCAUAUGUUACAGAUCAUAAAGACUAUGACCCCGAAACUCUCAGACUUGGGAGUAGAUUUAGUCAUAUUCAAGAAGUCCAAGAACGACUUAACUUCCUUAGAUUUUUAUUGGAGGAUGGUCAAUUGUGGCUCCGUGCUUCCCAGGCAAAACAAAUAUGGAAGUGUUUAGCAGAGAAUGCACUUUAUCUUAGUGAUCGUGAAGCCUGUUUUAAGUGGUACUUCAGGAUAAUGGGGGAUGAACCAGACUUAGAUCCUGAUAUUAUUAAGGAUUUUUUUGAAAGUAAUGUCCUACAGCUUGAUCCUACCCUGUUGACUGAAAAUGGAAUAAAGUGUUUUGAAAGAUUCUUCAAAGCUGUUAAUUGUAAAGAAGGGAAGCUAGUAGCAAAAAGAAGAGGCUAUAUGAUGGAUGACUUGGAAUUGAUAGGAUUAGACUACCUUUGGAGGGUUGUUAUUCAGAGUAAUGACGACAUUGCCUGCAGAGCUAUAGAUCUUCUUAAAGAAAUAUGCACAAAUCUUGGCCCCAGAUUGCAGAGCAAUCAGGUGAUAAUUCAUGAAAACUUCAUUCAGUCUUGCUUUGAUCGUUUGAAAGCUUCAUAUAAUACCCUGUGUGUUUUGGAUGGGGACAAAGACAGUAAUAGCUGUACAAGACAAGAAACUAUACACAUGGUUCGAGUAUUAACUGUUUUACGAGAAUACAUAAAUGAAUGUGACAGUGAUUAUCAGAAGGAAAGAAUGAUUCUACCUAUGUCAAGAGCAUUUCGUGGCAAACAUCUAUCUUUUAUAGUUCGAUUUCCCAACCAGCGCAGACAUGACUUGGACAUCCCGUCUCACACAAAUGAUACAGUUGGUUCAAUACGACGAUGUAUUCUCAAUCAAAUUAAAGCCAAUGUAGCCCGUACAAAAGUUGAACUGUUUGUGGAUGGUGAGCUGUUAGAUUCUCUAGAUGACAGAAAGCUAAUUGGACAAUUAAAUUUAAAGGAUAAAUCAUUAAUUACAGCUAAGCUUACACAAAUCAAUUCCAACGUGUCUUCACGUCCUGAUAGCCCUUCAGCUGGACCCCCUAGAAACCACCAAAAUCUCUAUAGUGAUGAUCCUAAUCCUGAAGUAGAAAGUUGUUUGCCUGGGGUGAUAAUGUCACUGCAUUCCAAAUAUAUCUCUUUCCUUUGGGAAGUUGCCGACUUAGGUAGUAGCCUGAAUAUGCCAUCUCUUAGAGAUGCAGCAAGAGUACUUAUGAAACUUAUGCCACCAGGUAAGGAAAUAAUAGUCCAUCCAUUCAUAGCCCUCCUGCAGGGUAAUAAUGCUGACAUUUACAUAAUGGACAAAACAGGAGCAUUUUUAAAAAUCUGUUUCCAAAUCAGAUAUACUUUGUGA